AUGGAAAAGUUUUCAACUUGGAGAGAUAAAGGUACUGGUAUAUCGCCAUUUAUACCCACUGAAAUACCAACAUUUGGUAAAAAGAAUACAUCUGUACAAACUACAAUACUGAUUAUAUCAUUAUUACCUAUUUUUUUAAUUAAAUUACCCUUUUUAAUAUUUUUCACAUUGACAUAUUCAAUUACUGGAUUAAAUGUAUUAUUAAAAUUUAUUAUACAAGUUUUAUUUGGUUUUAAUUUUGAUUUUUCGGUUGAUGGUGUUAAAAGAUCUCAAGUUGCAAAAUUGGAAAGUUACAAACCAAAGGUUGGUAAUUUGAUAAUUACAAACUAUGCUACUCCAUUAGAUGGUUUCAUUUUUAAAUUGUUUUCAGGUAGAGAUAUUGUUAUAUUAGUACCUGAUAAAUCUGGUGAUUUGUAUAAAUAUACUCCAUGUCAAUUAUGGAACUUCACAUUUGAUAGUUCAAUAAAAGGAGAAUUGGUCACUGAGUUAAGCAAGUAUAAGAACUCAAUUGUAUUUCUAUUAGUUGAAGGUACAUCUUCUAAUAACAAGAGUAUCUUACCAUUUAUAAAUUUGAACCCAAAAUAUGAAUUAGAUCAAUUCAAUAUAAAGUCAUUGAUUUACAAGGUUUCUCCAAAUUAUUUCACAAUGCCAAUUCCAUAUAUAAGCAAAAUCAAAUAUUUAUUUGAAUUGAUUACAAAUAUAUCAAAGAAGCAAAUUAAAUUGAAAAUCUACAAUUAUGAAAAAUUAGAUUUUGGUAAAAUCAAACACUCAUAUGAAUUAAACUCAUUAAAUUCGGUUAAGUUAAAUAUAGAUGAUAAAGAGAAGUUUGUGGAUUAUUAUUUCAAUUACGAUGUUAAAUAA